UCACAGGCACAUGCUUUUCAUUCAUUCGCCUGUGCUCGUCUGUGUGCCUUUGCCCGUACGCGCCACGACCUUGUACGUAUUCCACGUUCGCCGUCCCUUUUUGCUGAGUUUGCGGAAAAUUCACCGGUGCGCUUCUCCGUUAUGGUUUUGUUGAGCUUGUUGCGUCUGCCAUCGAAAAAAACAUUCCAUCUGUGCCGAAUGGCGACCACAGCAUCCAACAGCGGUCUGCUCAUUUCCCGCCCGGAGUACGCCUGGCUGAAAGAGCUCGGUCUGGCCGAGGAGAACGCGGGAGUUUUCACGGGGAAGUGGCAGGGCAGUGGACCGGUCACGCAGUCGAUUAAUCCGUAUAAUAACAAAGCGAUUGCCAAUGUCAGGAAUGGGACGGUGGAGGAUUACAACGCCGCUGUGAAGGCGAGCGUGGAAGCGUUCGAGACGUGGAAGUUCCUGCCCGGUCCGAAACGCGGCGAGAUCGUCCGGCAGAUCGGCGAUGAAAUGCGGACGAAGCGGGAUCUAUUAGGCCGACUGAUUUCGCUGGAGAUGGGCAAGAUUAUCGCGGAGGGCGUCGGCGAAGUGCAGGAGUACAUCGACAUUUGCGACUACGCCACCGGGUUGUCGCGCAUGUUCGAGGGCAAGAUCCUGCCGUCGGAACGCGCCGGUCACGUGCUGCUGGAGACCUGGAACCCCCUCGGCUGCAUCGGCAUCAUCUCGGCCUUCAACUUCCCCAUGGCCGUCUACGGCUGGAACAACGCCAUCGCCAUGAUCUGCGGCGACACAAUGGUAUGGAAACCGGCGCCGAGCACCUCGUUAUGCGCCAUCGCCGUGCAGCACGUCCUCAACACCGUCCUGCAACGCAACCACCUCCCGCCGGGACUGUGCAGUCUGGUGUGUGGCGGCGCGGACGUCGGGGAGGCCCUGGCGACGGACACCCGCCUCCCGCUGGUAUCCUUCACCGGCAGCACGCAGAUCGGGCUGAAAGUGGCCAACAGCGUGCAGGCCCGCUUCGGCCGGCCGCUGCUGGAGCUGGGCGGGAAUAACGCCGUGGUGGUGGCCGAGGACGCCGAUCUGAACAUGGUCAUCCCCUCCGUCGUCUUCGGCUCCGUGGGCACCGCCGGGCAGCGCUGCACGACGAUCCGGAGACUGAUUGUGCAGGAAAAAGUGUAUGAGGAGGUGGUGAAACGGCUGCAAGCGGCCUACGCGCAGAUCCCCAGCCGCAUGGGUGAUCCGCUGGACCCGAAAACCCUGUACGGCCCGAUGCACACAGCGGCCGGCAUGGCCGCUUACCAGCAGACCAUCGCCGACGCCCAGUCCGCCGGCGGCCGCGUCCUCGUGGGCGGGAAACCCAUCCAGCACCCUUCGGGCGGCAACUUCGUCGAACCCACCAUCAUCACCGACCUCCCGCACAACUCCCCGGUCAUCCUGAAAGAGACCUUUGCCCCGAUUUUAUACGUCCUGAAAUACCGGACGUUGGAGGAGGCCAUCGCCUGGAACAACGAGGUGGACCAGGGACUCUCCUCCAGCAUUUUCACGCAGAACAUCGGGACGAUGCACGCGUGGCUGGGCGCCGGCGGAUCGGACUGCGGGAUCGUUAAUGUGAAUACGUCGACGUCGGGUGCGGAAAUCGGCGGCGCUUUCGGGGGGAAUAAGCACACCGGCGGCGGACGGGAGAGCGGAAGUGAUUCGUGGAAGCAGUAUAUGCGCCGCGGGACGUGUACGAUUAAUUACAGCAAGGAACUGCCGCUCGCGCAGGGGUUGAAGUUUGAUUUUUAAAGGGUUUCAACUUUCUUCUUGCCGGCUGUUUGCUCAGUUUUAUUGUGUUGUUUGUGUGUUAAUCGUAGUGUAGUGGCAAAACCGGGAAUUUAAAACUGGCUUUAUUCGGCUGCUGACUCCGAAAACGAUGCAGUGACGUGGAAAAUUAAUAAAAAAAUCCAGGUUAUUUUUUAACAAUCA